UUCGGGAUUCAUCUGAACCUUUCUCGAAGGAUUCGGAGAUUCAGCCAAAUAUCAAAUAGUGGAUUUGGUGCAUCCCUAAUUUGCAGUGAUGAAGUCCUUCGAUGUAACUAUGUUGAACGUGGGACAGUGCCACGUGAUAAAGAACUGAUCUGUAAAAUUAUGCUCCAUUCAGAACUAUGAAUGGAAUAUUUUCGCCCUCAUAGUUCAACCACUGGAAAGGGUGGUCUUUAACCCUGGAUCUCUGGCAUUUCAGUUGAUUUAUGUGUUGAAAAUCAAUCAGUGAAUCGUGGCAAGAUGCAUCAGUACAAAAUUAGAAUUUCCAGGUGUCUUAAAUUUGUGUUUUGAAAUAGAAAUGGACUUGGCACUGGAGAUUCUUUUUGUAUCUCUUGGGGGGAAGCCAGUGCUUGCACCAUUCACUGGUAACAUUCCAGGGGUCACUGGCAGAACAGGAUAGUAAGUUGCCCUUUUCUGGUUGAGCAGUGGUUAGUAAUACCGGGACUGUGCCCGUUGUGUUGCUUGCUGAAAGCUAAAGACAUUUUUUUUGCUUCCACAUUUCCAGUACAUAACAAUGGUGAUUAGUGUGUUUCCUUCCUAAAUUUCCUUAGAUAAAAGGAAUCAUUGCAGGGCAGUGUGGGAAAAUGUGACAGGCUGAUACAUCAUUACUCUCUUGGCAUCUCUGCUUCACUUUCUUUCUCUCCUACCUUUUUCCCUUCGCCUACUUUGUGUUACAAGCAGAGUGGGGAGUUGGCCAUCCUUUUCCCUCUCCACCCUUCCUUCAGGGAGGGGAUUGUAUUAGCAGCAGCUUGUCUCCCUCAGCCAGUUUACCAAUAUCUUCCUACCCACGGCUGGCUUAUUAGGUAAAGAAUCAUAGAAAUGUCUGUAUCCCUGGCGUGUUCCCUGAAGAUCGCUUGGCAAGUACACGCGAGGAGCAAGGGUCAAUUGCACCUCAGUACAGGCACGAGGCAGACUGAGAUGUAGAUCUGAUUGGCUGAAAUGGAUUGCUUCAAGGAACACUUGGGUCACAGCUGCGAUGUAUAAAUGAGAGUAAAGUGAGAGACCCCAGAUACCUGCAAUCAGCAGAAUGAAACACAUACAGAAUGGCCUUACCUGCGUAUUGCUGAUGAUUCUCUACGGAUUUGUUUUUAGUGACCCUGGCUAUCUUCUCCUGCGAGAAACUCAUCACGUAGCCCUAAGCAGGGAAUCUGUAUUUGUGGAAUAUUUUCUUUCAGGCAAUAAAAAUAAUACAGAGACAUAUAACGUGUCCAUCACUCUGUUGGAUAUAGGCAAUAAUCAGACAAUAACAAGCAAAGACAUUUUUGUUGACCAAUCACACGGUAGUUUAGAAUUUGAUUGUUCCCAUUUUAUCGCUGCUGGACUUUAUCAGUUCCAAAUAAUUUUUCCUGACGAGAAUCGGAGCAACGUUGACUGGAGGAGCAGCAUAUUGAACGUCACUUGGCCCCAGUUUCACAUUAAUUUGAACAGGACCUCGAAUAUAAGGUCGUUUCAAAUUGGAGUCUUCUCUAACGAGCAAUUUUGUCUCACGUUUCCAGACAAGCACCCUACAGUUUUAUUAGAGGUUGAACAUACGCACAGUUUUCAAGACCUGGAAGGAAUAAGCAGUGACAGAUUUAUGUUGUACAAAACCUACAAGGAAAUCCCUUUGUCUCCGUCCCAGUGGGUAGAAUUUGAAUGUGCAUCAGUACGACCUGAAGCUUUCAUCACCGUGUCCCUCAAACCCAUGUUUUCAGAAUCACUCAUGGCAUUCAUGGGCCCUGUUGAUCUAGUAAAAACGUUCAGGUAUAAGCUUGUUACAUUAGCAGAACAGAAGUGUGAUGCCUCAGUGAACGUAAACGUGAUACCUCCCCCGUGUAAUUAUGCAGAUGGGAAAGUUGUUGUGUACAAGGAAGUGCUGCGGGGCUCAGCUGAAACCAGCACCACUCUGGCAGAGAAUGUUCUACAAACAGGAGACAAGGUUGCUCAAUUCAACUGCACUUUAUUUGAUAUUGGAAGGAACAAGUACUGUUUUGAGUUCUUCAUUGCUUCUGGCAAGAUUUACUCGUUUCUUGGAGCCAAAGAAUGUGUGGGGAUAAGAAGAGAAAUAGAGUCAUGGGGUCUGUGGCAAUCGUGGAGUCCGUGCAGCGUCACGUGUGGAGAUGGCGAGAGGGAGAGAUUUAGGGAAUGCCUUACAACCUCAUCUGAAAAGCCUGCCUGCAAGGGACGGCCAAAGGAAACCUCACUCUGCUCCUUAGAGGAAUGCACAAGUAUAUCUGUGAAACCGUCAAGCAAGACAACUACGUAUUCUAAGGAUACUAAAACAAGCAAUACUGUGACUAUUGCAGGCAUUUCUCUGUGCCUGACUAUUAUCAUCAUUACCAUUGUAAUUACUCUAUGGAGGAAGUUUCACAAGACUCAGAAGUGCAGCUCGACAGUGAAACACAACGCUACCCAUUCAGGCAAUGGGCGCAAGAAUUCAGAUGAAGAAAACAUUUACCAGAUGAGGGAAAGCUUCUCUGAUAUGGGAGAAGGUCUCCAUGAGAAUGUAGAGGACACCGUUGACAUACCCUUGACAUACAGGCAAAGUAUGCGUGUUGCAGAAGAGAAAAAUGUACAGGAAAAUGAAAACUUGCAACCAAAUGUGCAGAAAAUAAUUCCUCCAAUUUUUAGUUACCGCCUUGCUCAGCAGCAACUAAAAGAGAUGAAACAAAGGGGUUUAACCGAAGGCACAAAGCUGUACCAUGUUUCUCCGAAUCCAAUGUCAGAUACAGCUGUAGAUGGCGCCUUGGCUCCUCCAUUAGUCACAGACAAUUGCGAAGAUAACAUUGCCAACAAAUUCCGGAUCCAGUCUCCAUUUAUAGAGCAGAGGAAUUUGAACCCCCAGUGUCACGGAGAAAGAUCAAAUCCCUUAUCUCCUUACCAAGGCACAAGCCCAUGCCAGACACUACCCCGUUUAUCCCAAUUUAUGAAUGAAGACCCCAAGAUACGGUCUGUUGAGAGGGCAUAUCACAAAAAUAAUAACUUUAGGAGAACCUCUAGUUUCCAUGAAACAAAGCACAACAAACCCUUCAGAGAAAGAAGCCUAUCAACACUUUCCCCGAGGCAGACAAUGGCAUAUAAUCCUAGGACCAGAACAUGGCAGUAUCCCACAGCUGAACGAGCUAAACAUAAAUCUAUAAGAGCUGACAAAAAUCCUGAAAAUCUUUCAAAAAGUGCUAGUUUUGCAGCUGACCCAGUUGACCUUUCCUCUAAAAACCUGUACAUGUGGCCGAGUGAAAGCAAACACGACUUAAUCAGCAGCCGACAUGCUGCAGCAAAAGCAUCAAUGCUUGAGAGACUAGAACAAAACCGGGUCAAGAAAGGUUCCUCCCCAAUUGAGAAGUCUUGGAACAGAGUGCAGGAUUAUUCUCCAACACCUAAAGACAGUUAUGAGAGGAGGAGUCCUUUCAGUCCUGCUCAAUACAGGAGAGAAAAGUGCCAAAGUUUCCCCCGGGCAACAGACUAUUCUUUCUAUGAUAAUUCAUCAUUCAGGCUCACUGAAGCAGAGCAACAGAUGAUUGACCUGCCUGGGUAUUUUGCCUCCAAUGAAGAGGAUGAAACCAGUACAUUAAGUAUGGAAAGGCUAGUUAUUUGACUUCAACACAAUCUUAGCCUAUAUGUAUUUGUAUUUUCCAUUAUACAAGUAGGUGAAGACACAUGUAACUGGGUCACUGGAACAGGUGCAGUGCACAUAUUGUAUGAGAAGUAUUUAGAAAAAAAAGAAACAGUAUUUUGUAUCAAGUUGUAAAGUGCCACGUUUUAGAAGAUUUUUUUUUUAUUGCAAAAAAUUGUCAACUACAUUAAAGGGGCUGAUUUACUAACAA